GCGACAUGGAUCAAUUAAUUUUAAUCGGUAUCUCAUGAAGAUGUCGACAUGUCAUGAACUUUAAGUUUAUUUCAAAAGAAGACACUUAAGUCAAGAAACCUUAAGACUCUUGUGCAAGUGAAGCGACUCUGGAAGUUUAGUAGAAUGAGCUUUGAAUGAUGAGCAGACGAAGUCGUAGAACAAUGGAUACAUCCAGGAUAUUUGGAACCCCUCCAGAACCAGUGUUCAACAUGAAAGGGUGCUGUUUAUCAGUUAAUCUUUUAGAGGAGCUGCUUUUCACACAAGCAACAUCCAAUGAUAGACAAAUACGAAGGGCUUCAACAGAGUAUGGUCUAUUUAAAUGUGGCCCUCUAGUUGAAUGCAUAUUCAUCAUUUGUGAGCAGAUGAAACAACCUCCAGAAACCAGAUAUGUUGCUGCUGAAUUGUUUGACAGGUUUAUGAGAGCCCAUAUACCUAACCUCAAAGAGAAAGUAAAAGAGAGUCAUGUUGCACCUAAACGACGCAAAAUAUCACUACAGGAUGAGUGGAAACACACCCUUCGUAAACUAUGUAAACAAUUGCUACCCUUCAUGGUGUCCUGUGUUCAAAUUGCUUCGAAACUGUGUUCACACUACAGUAUUGUUACAUGUCGUCGCUGUGCUGAGCUAUUACAAGACAAAGGCCAUCGCUAUCAGACAUCCAAAGUCUUAACCUCAGAAUUGUUAGUAAUGAAGACACUGGACUAUAAACUUCAUGUGUCAAGUCCUUUGGGUUAUAUUGAAACUCUGCUUGAGAUAAUGGGUCACAAUGAUCCAGAUACCCCUGUCAAGCUUCUCCAUGAGACAUGUCUGAAGAUACUUGAUGUUGUCUAUAUCAAGAGGAAGCUUGUCUACAGUAGGUUACUACAGCUUGCUAUCGGAGAUAGUCCAGUCAAUCCCCAAACAAGAUCAAAAUUUGCGCCAGUUGAAAACGAUUGCAUGCUUUUAGCAACAGCCAAUAUAGGGGCUGCUUCUUACUUCAUUGAUAUGAAUUCAACACAAAUGAUCAACGGUCAUCUAGCAAGGAUAACACACAUCCCAGUAGAUGACAUCAUUGACUUUUCUUCUACAAUCAUCUCUGUUAUACUUCACUGAAGAUGUUUAAGAAAUGCUCCAAUUGUUGUGUAAGGUUUAUGCAAUAUCUUCUCAUAAGCAAUCCUGAUUAUAAGAGUUAAUAGAAGUAGAAAUAUGAAAUGGAAUUUUAAGUAAGGUUUCAAUAUAAUCUAAAGCAAGAAUGAGUAGUCCGUCUUAAUAUGUGAUAUGUCAAAUCAAAAUUGUUAACUUCUCUAAACUUUCCAAUUUUUUUUUCUCAGUACAUGUGUGAGGUUUCAUAAUAUUCUUUUCUCAUCAAUGUUGAUAAGGAAUAACUUUGGUUACAUCAAAGAUACAUUUGAUCAUAUUAGUUAGUGGUUAUACGUAGGAUACAUAUUAAAUGAAAUCUUUGCUUGAAAGGAAAUAUAAAAUGUUAUUUGAAUUGUUUUUUUUUUUUUUUAAGUGGGUAAAAUGAAACAGUAAUUUGUAUGGUGUGUCUUUAAUACAUGCUCAUGCUAGGAUGAAAAAAACUAAAACUGUGAUUACGUCAAUAUAUUUUAAUGAUAGUUGCUUGAUAGGUCACUGCCUCCAUAUCUUGCUUUAAUCUUUACAAAUUUAUUUUCAGAUUUGAACUUCCCCAGAACUUAUUGUCACAUUAUAGAAAUGUGAAACAUCUAUCAUAACCUUAAUUCCUUGCUUUUUAUUCAAAGCAGUGUCUCAUUCUGUUUUAUGAGUGUUGAGAUAUACCUAACUUUAAAGUAAUUUGAAUUGAAAUUGAUUAAUUUUUCUGUAAUACUGAUGUGGUUUUUCAUCAUCAUUAUGAUUGAACUUAAGUUGUAUGUAUAAUUGGCAAGUAUUUUGUUUAAAUUCUACAAUAUAAGGAUAUGGUGUUUUGAACUUCACUACUUGUUUUACCUUCAUUGUUUACUUUUUACUAAUUCUGAUUACAUAAAAGAAUACGUGAUGUCUAACAAUCUAAAUUAUUGUAGAUAAAAUUUGGCUUGUCUGGUUUGCUUAGAUGUUGUUUAUAUCUAAGUUGGUUUUGCAUCAGUUUUAGUUAUAAGCAUUUUAAUUUUUAAAGUGGAAUGAAGACUUUAAUUGUAGUUGAAUGUCAGGUUAUGGGAAAGUGAGAUAACUUGAAUUGCCCUGCUUCAAGACUUUAUGCCUGUUGACAGAAUUUGAAGAAACUUUGUUCAAUGUGUGCAAAGCCUUCCACCAGAAUAACAUGAUUGAACAACUUUAUCUUUGUCAUUUUUUGGACAAGAUAGGCACGUUGGUAGAGAAAACUACUUACAUUAGCAUGCCAACUGCUUAAAAGUGAUGAAUUAAAAUGAAGACUGCAUGGAAAAAUAUAUAGGUAUGUGUGCUUAGGUGUAAUUUCAGUGUGUAAAGUACAAGUGUGUAUUAUCUCACUCUCAAAAGUAUUGCAUUAUCUGUUACCUUAAUUGAUUUGAUUAUAUUUACAUUUACAUGUAUCCCCCAAUAACCAAGUUCUUUGGAACAAGAAAUGAUUUCAGUCAUUUUUUUAAAGUGUGUUAGUUUAUGUUGAAAGUUUAAACUUUACAUUUAUGUUGAAAGACCUUCUGAAAUAAAGUACAGAAAAACAGUCACUUUUGUUUUGUGGACCAUUGGUCUUUACAGAGAGGUUCUCACUUCAUGGAGGUCAAUGAGGUGUCCCAGAAGGAGUAGAGGACAGGAAAUGAUAUCAAUAUCAAUGAAUUUGGUAGCUUAAGCAAAAUGCUUUUUGAAGGAAAGAUGUUCUGCUUAUUCUGGAAAAGCAUGUAUACAUUUUAUCAUGUUCUUAUUAUCAUUGUUCAUUGGUGACAUUUCAAAAGGCAAAGUUUAAAAAAUCAUUUUUUUUGUUUUGUUUUUAGUUCUUUUGUACACUAUGUACUGUAGACAACUAAGUUGCACGUUUAAAAAAAAAUACAUUCAUAUACUGAUUCUAUACUAUUUGAAAGUAAUAUGAUGUACCUUUAUAUAGCAAUUGCUUUAAGAGAAACCCUUGUCAAGAACCAUAAAGUAUGUUUAUAAAUCUUUCUAGAAGGCCCAAGGCUUUGCUUUGCAAGUGCAGUAUUCUAAAUCUAGCAAGAUUAUUUUUUAUAUAUAAUAUAUUACAGCCGACAGACUAAGCCUUACAAUGGAAGAUGAAGAAAAUAUAUAUGUAUGUACUUGAACCUAUAA